ACUUCCGGAAUGAUCUCCACGGUAACUGAUCGGUCGCUCCGCUCGUGCUGUCAAGAGUAGUCGUCAGUUGUUGGACUCGGACGGUCUGAUUACAGUCAUGGCUGAAAGUGACGGGCGCGCGUAUUUCAGGAGAUCCAGUUUGUUCUGGAUUGUCAUUGUAUCUCUGUCCAUCAGUUUCUACACGUGGGUGGUGUUUUGGCCUAAGGACGUCCCGUACGACUCUCUGGGUCCCCUCGGUGCUCUGGCCAGACAUUUUGUUGACUAUCGUUACUCUGUGAUUUACUAUGGAUGGUUUUUGACCUGGGUUGUACAUUUGUUUGAGGCUUGUUUUGCGCUGAAAGUGUGCAGUGAGAAAGGGAUCAACAGCACGUCAACCCGUCUGAUGUGGUUCGGUCAGACCUUCUUGUUCGGUUUCGCUUCUCUGGGCCUUCUGAUCAAAUAUAAGCCAGGCGGUCGAUUCAAGCGGCAUUGAGCGGUGACCAAUGUAACCUGAUGAGAGGAAGCCUCACGCCCCAGCAGAACUGCUCAACACGGGACCGUUUACUCCUGCAGGACACUCGAAUCAUGAAUGAACGACACUCCUACAGCGCUGCAGCUGUUAUACAGAAGUUAUAUUCAUCAUAAUCUCUCUGUUUAACACAUCAUCAUCAUCAUCGUUUAUAAGCAGUUGUCUGGAAGCGUGUGGAGUUUAUCCUCUCACACUAAAACUGAAGUCAAUCUCAGCCACCUGAGGACUUUUCUUUAACCAAUCAAUACCUCUUUAAUCCACAGCGUUUCUCAUCUAAAUCAAAUCUUAUUUCAUUACUGGACUUACAGUAAAUGACAUACAGUGGAAAUACAUGAAGACUUUUCCCCUCCUCUUGUUUUAAAAUGUUUUAAUGAUGUUUCUUGUGAGUUAUAUUUAAUAAGAUAUGAGUUAUAUUGAAAAACUCACUCAUCUCCUGUAAUACCAUGACUACUAAAUUCAUACAUUGACUGUCAAUGGAAACGCUUUUUCUACAGUCUGUGGUCUUUUUACUUCCACUGUUUAUGUGCCUUACUGUUUAAAUGUUUUUUCUGUAAUAAUUAUUAAACCUGUAACAUUCCUGUCAUUUCACCAUCGUAAAAUGUCCAAGAAUACCACUUAACAUUCCUGUGACACAACUACAACAUUCAACUUGAAGCGCUGUAUUUUACCUCUUUGUGUUUUUAAAAGCAGUUUGUCGUGUAUUCAUAAGACCCUGAGCUCCUUUAAGAGAAAUAAAAUCAACUGAUUUCACAUCCAUGGUUUUGUUGUGUCAUUCCAGAUGAAAUCAAAUAAUAAAACCCAAUAAUCCAGAUCUGACAGAAGUUUGGGACAGAAAUUUUGCCUUGAUAAUAAUCUUGAUUUCCUCUGAAAUGUCCUUAAACAGUUAAAAUAUCUUAAAUCAUUGGUCAGAAGAGGUUUGAUUGACGUCAGCAGUCUCGUGUUGAUGUUUCUGCUUAUGUUUGGUUAAUGUUUCUUAUAAGUAGUACACUUUAAUAAUGUACUGAAAGUGCUUUAUUUUCACAAGCUCAUUUUGGACUUAAUGUACUAGGGGUAGUUUCCCGGACAUGUCUUAUCCUAGUCCCAGACUAAAAUGCAUGUUUCAGCUGCUUAAUGUAAAAACAUCUUGUACUGAGAUAUCUUAACAUAUAUCAGUGCCAUUGUUUUGUCUUAAAGGAACAGUAUGUAAGAAAUGUAUAUCAACUAAUCAUAAAAUGGCUCUGAUAUGUCACUAGACAUGAAGAAAUCAUUUUCAUUUCAAAUACUUAUAUACCCGACAACAGUGGUCUGGCCAGGAUAUUAUCAUUUAUAAAGUGGAGUUGCAGACCUCAACUGGGGCCCGUUCUUCGUACGUCGCUUAAUACAUCCGAGAUCAAAUGAGACAUCCGAGAAGUUUAGAUCUGGCUAAUUAUAAUCUCGCUUAUUUGGUUCUUUGAACACCACUGCUGUUGAUGAUUAUUAUGGCAGGAUUGAAUUAUCUGAGAUCACUGCGCGUUCGUGCACUGAAAGAAAAGUCAAUACAUAUCGAUAGUAGAAACACUGAUCAGCCACGCUGUGAUUGGCCAGUUGUUACAAUGGCCAAGAACACGCCCAUUUUUAACCCCUGCAGUCUGAGAGCUAUUGAUGGAAGGUUGUGAACGUUUUAUGUGACUGAAUUUAAAAACCCAGUUAAAGCUACUUUAGUACAUAAAUCACCAUAAAUAAUUCAAAAUUUUCUGUAAAAAUAUAAUCUUGAUAUCUUUGCUAUGCUUGUCAAAGAUUGAAAUUAAUGAUUGUAAUUAAAAUUUGAUGCUCCUAAAGUACUUUAAGUCUCUUUUAAAAACAGUUAAAUGCUAUUUUGUCUGUUUGUAACAGCAACUUAAAAAGCAGAAUAAAAAAACACAGGUGGUGGCCCUCCAUCUUCAUGUGAUGUGCUGGCAGGAGUGAUGUCUCUAAACUGGCUGAUUGUACAGAUCAUCUCUGGAGCAGUUGCUCUUUCUUAAACCGACAGCCAAUGCAACAAUUUAAUUCCUGAUAAAUAAAAUUUUAAUUGUAGUGUAUUAUAAGAUAGUGUUUUCCUCUCUUUUGUGCAGUUGUAGAUAAUACACCAACACUUUUAGCAGUUUCCAAUAAUGUGGUAAAUAAAGUAUGAUGUGCAGUAAGGGAAUGGUAAUGUUAUUCUACAUCAAAAGAUUAUAAAAUACAACCGUUUCUGAUAGCAAUGCACAUGACAGUAAAGAAAUCCUCUCAGAUGGUAGUCCUUUAGAGAAACUAUAUGCAAGUGGUUAAAUAAGUUUACUUCAAUUGCAUUAUUCUUAACUGAUUUCUGACUAUAUUAGCAGUAUUCCACGUUAACCGAAAGUCCUGCAUCUGCUGAGUCUGCACAGAAAAGUGUAGUAAAGAAGAUAAAGAUAUGUGAAAAUAUGUGCAAAAAACUUAUUUGGUUAUUUUGGUCAUUUUUGUCACAGAACAGGGACAGGGUAACAUAUUUGUAGACAACGUUUUAAAGAUAGAACAGAUAGAAAUUACUAAACAAAAACCCUUUUUAUGCAUGACAUUGAAAGCUACUUGACAAUCUAAAGACAAAACUAAAAUAGGAGAUUAGUUUAUUCAAAUGAAAAUUAUUUCACACUGAGUAAUAGUCUUUAUUGUACAUAACAUCUAUAAGUGCUGGGUAUGAUUAAUUGCUGUUUUUAUUAAGGAAAAUUCAAACAAAUUUAAAAUGAAUGUGAUCAGCAUGUCAUUCGUUUAAGAAUAAUAAUCAAACACCUGUUACACAAAAACAAGUCGCACAAGUACAGGAAAAUAUAUUUGUUAUAUUAUAUAUUUUUUAAAUAACAUCGCUAAAAGAUUUAAUUAAUAUAUUCUUUUUUUAUUACGUGUUGAAUUUGAAAAGCUCUUUAUAUUAAUCAUGCAUCUUACGCAGAUUGCGCUCGUAUAAUGAAGAAUACGCGACUGCGUCAGACUUUCCGUAUCACAUCCGCUUAAAAAGGUACAAACUAAUCUUGUUUACAUGAAAUAAGCCUGCUCCCGAGCAGGUUUGAGCUUACGGACCUGUUGCUAUGACACCAAGUUUAGAAUGAGCUUCGAAGAACCAAAUAAUCCAAGAUCAUGCCAAAUCAUCAACAAUCAAAUCCAGCUAACUGAGUUAGCGACGUACGAAGAACGGGCCCCUGUUGUUUAUGUUGUCAUGUUGUGUAUUGGCCACCAGUUGUCUGAUUGCAGUACCCGUUUUACACACAAUCCUACAUAAUGUUCCUUUAAGAUGCACACCAGUAUGUUUAUGUCUACUUAAAGAUGCAAUUUGUAUAAUCCGCGCCACUAGAUGGCGCCAGAUCAAAUCAAUAACAAUGAUGUAGAUUAAUGCUCUGAAGCAGCGUGGACUGAUGGGAUUUGUUGUCUUUAACUCAAACGCUGAUGGCCAUCAAUCAGACGGGAACGAGAAAUUAUGUUACACAUGAGAUGAGGAAAGUGAAGCGAGUGACACAGACAGGCGUUUUGAGCUGAGAGAUCUUCCACCUUUGACACAUCAGAGGUUUAUAUCAUGGGCUGCUGGACAAUACGUGUUUUUCUUCUAAUGCUCCUCAUUGGUCAGAUAUCUGCAGGUCCCAACAGAUUAAAUUCAUGUCAAGAUCAGAACGGACUUAACAGCAGAAUGGAGACUGUAGAGAAGAGGCUGGAGGAUACCGUACAGAUGUUGGAAACAGAACUGGCGGCUCUGCUGGAUGAGAUUGAGGCCCCUAAAUGGACCCCCCUGCUGGACACUGACAGCGGUGCACCGAUCAUAGACAUACUGGAUGAGAAGAACACAGACCUGACAUCCAGAUGAUCAGCAGAGAGCAAACAUCUGGGACCUUGUUUAUAAAAUGCUGCGUAGAAACAGUUCUAAAUUUGAUCUUAUUUCUCUAAAGCGUGCGUACCUGCAUGUAAUUGAUUCAUAAAACGAACAAGAUAAGAAAUCUAUAAAUCACAUGUGACCUUGUUAUCGUGCGCAUCUGAAGAGUUUUAGAUCUCCAGCUUUAAACAAUGCCUACUAAAUGUCAUUGACAAAUUAAAGGAUGCCUGUCAAUGUUUGUAUUUUUUUUUCAAAAUAUAUAUUUUCCAAAAACUUGCAGAGCUUGGACAAGCGAAAGUGCGUACGUCUGCCCAGACCUCUGCUAAGCACUUUUCCAUGUCUACAACCAAAUUUCAAUAAAUAGAGUGAUGUAGGCAUGGGGUAUUUUUGUAGGCCACCCAGAAGUUAGUGGGACACUGGGUCCCUCACUUAAAAGCCCAUUCAUAGAUUUUUGCAAAAAAUAAACACUGUGUUUAACAAAGGUUUAUGACCCUUAAAUGUUUUUGUCCAACAAAUGAACACAACACUGUAAAAAAAAUCCGUAGAAAUUACAAUGUUAUUGCAGCUGGGUUGCCGGUAAUUUACCGUAGAUUUAAAAUUAUGUUAUUUACUGGCAAGAGUUUGUUCAAAGUUAGAUAAAUUUUAAAUAUUAACAAGUCUUUAUCUUUACAGAAUAAAACUAUACAAUAACAGCCUCAUGCAAAGCAUUCUGGGAACCAGAAAUCAUCAUUAACCUUUUUCUGUUUUUUGCUUCAGAUUUUGUUUCCUAGAAUGUUUAGCUUGAUGCUGUUUUUUUAGUUUUACUCUGUAAAGACAAAGACUUGUAAAUGUUAAAUGUUCAUUUAACUUUGAACAAAAUGUUGCCAGUAAAUAACAUAAAUUAAAAUCUACGGUAAAUUACCGGCAACCCAGCUGCAAUUUCUACGGAUUUUUUUACUGUGAACUUUUAUAAAUGUUUAAUUCAAAAUAUGGCUUUUUAUUUUCUAGUAAACACAUUUAAACUUUAAAAUUCAUAAAAUUUGUGUUCAUCUGUGAAGAUUUACUUGUUGGACAAAACUUGUAAGUGUCAUACAUUUUUGUUAAACACAGAGCUUAAUUUUUAAGCUAUUUCAAAAGUCUAUGUGAAAUAUAAAUAGGCUUUUUUGUGAGAACUCAGUGUCCCGUAACUUCUGGGUUGGCUCCCUGCAGCGCUCUUUAUAAUGUUGAUGUGGAUUUUUGUGCAUGCAUUGUACGAUCAAAUCUGCAGGUACACACGCUUUAGAAAUUAGGCUUCCGAUCUUCGCGGUUUUUAGUGAAGAAAGUUUUUACUUUACAAAGAUUUUUGAUUUUAUUAAUAAACACCCCCCAAAACUCUU